AUGCUCGAAUUACAAUUAAAUCGUGUCGACUACUUUAAAGCAGCAUCCUCAGUGACUCCUAAAUGCAUGCGAUUAUUAUCUCGUGAUAAUGUCAAAAAAGAGACACAAAAAAUUGCAUUAGGUGAAAGUAAUGGGAUCAUUCAAUUAUUUUCUAUUCGAAAAAAAGAUAUAAAUCCUAUUUUUAAAUCUAAUCCGGGUAAACGUAUUACUCGAGUCGAACUCGGUGGCAGAUUAGGUGAAAUACCUGACAGAAUAUUUGUUGCAGCAGAAACACAAGUACGAGGUUAUUCUAAAAAAGGUAAACAAUUUUAUACAUUUGAUACAAAUGUGAGUGAUCCGAUUCGGUGCAUGGCUGUAGUUGGUUCAAGUUUAUAUGCUUGUACAGACACAACGUACACACACUAUGUUGAUUCGAAUGAUUCAGAUACGUUGACAUUUGCAGCCAAAAUGAAUGAUAUUGUGAUUCUUCCUUUGCCAAUUCAAGCUAUGCCUGUUAUUGCUUGUCAAGAUCGAUUGUUGAGACCAUUAAAUAAAUCAUCAGUAUUAUAUGAAGCUGAAAUUCCUGGCAUUCCAACAACUUUAAUUCUUUCAAAUAAAACUGGAGGUCCAACAAAAAGUGAAAUUGUUUACGGUACAUCUGAUGGUCGUCUUGGUCAACUUGAAAUUGGGAGUAUUGCAGCAACUACUAAAUGGGAAAUAGCUAAUCCAAAACAUUUAUCUGGAAUAAGUGCUAUUGAUUUUUUUGAUAUAUUGGCCGAUGGAGUACCAGAUAUGAUUGUUGCACGUGAAGAUGGUACUGUUGAAGUAUAUAAUUUUGAAACCACCGAUGAACCCAUUUUAAAAUAUACUUAUAAUGGCGCAGAAAGUAUUACUAAUAUUGAAGGCGGAACAAUCGGCAAUGCAAAUUAUGAUGAAUUAGUAUGCUGUACAUAUCAAGGUUGGAUAUUCGGUUUAACUUCUCAACCAUUACAAAAAGAAUUAGGUGGAGAAAUUCUCAUCACUCAAAAUGAUGAUCUUACAAAUAAAAUAGAAAAUCUUAAAAAUGAAAUCGAAGAAUUACAAAGAAAAUUAUUAGUAUCACAUGAUCGUUAUCAUGAUGAGAUUGAAUCAAAUGCAAAUGCUACAUCAACAGUACGUGAAUUUCGUGUGAAUGAUCGAUUUGAAUUAAAUCGUGAGGAUGCAACAUAUAAUUUAACUAUUGAAAGUGAAAUACCAAUUGACAAUGUACUUUUACAAUGUGAUGUGAUUUUGGAUAUACUCGAUGUUGAAAAAAACUCGGCUGUGAUGAGUUUUAGUGAUUGUGAUCCAAGGGAUAACAAUGCAGUACUUGUUACUUAUCGUUGUCAAGUAAAUACAACACGUUUAGAAAUGCAUGUACGAACAAUAGAAGGUCAUUAUGGAACAUUACAAUUAUAUAUAACAUCGAAAAUUCAACCACGAUGUUCAAUGCUUCGACGACAUACGAUUAAACCACUAUCAUUACAUCAAAGAAGUACAAUAUCAAUUGAUUCGAAUAAACCGAUGAAUACAAUGAAAAUAACUGGAUCAUUUAGUUAUGCAGAAAUGCAUUCAUGGAUACAAUUUUGUCUUGCUGAUGUCCCUGAAAGACCACCUGCUGAUAGAGAAAAUCGACUAACUUAUACAAAUAUCUUUUUAAAUACACAACUUGAAUGUAUAUAUAGACAAGACGAAGCUAUUUUUCGAUCAGAAAAUGUUUCAACUAUAUCAAUACUCAAAGAUGUAAUGAGUAAAAAGGCUACGGAAAAGAAAAUUACUUUAAAUAUUUCCUAUGAAUUCAAUGAUGACACAAUAGCAUCGACGCUUAAUCAAAUGUUGCCGAUGAUUGCACAUUAUAAAACGUUAACAGAUAAAUAUAAUUUAAUUGAGCCAUUGAAAGAAUUAGUUAUGGAUGGUUCAUCUGAAAAUGUUUUAACACCCGAACAUCGACAUAUACUUGAUAAUGCUGAUUCUAUACGUGAACAAUACAAACAAACACCAGUUCAUCUCAAUCGUUUAUGUAGUAUGGUUGCAGAUUUAUUCAUUGACAAACAUAAAUUUGUAGGAAUAAAUGUCAAAGCAAAAAUUCCAAAUCUAUUCGAUAAACUUAAUGCAUCAUUUUCUCAGCCACAAACUUUCAUUGACUUUUUUAAUACAUUAUGA